AAAACAGGAGCCGCCGGUCAGAUCGGCUACAGUUUGAUCCCAUUGGUGGCCAGCGGUCAGGUGUUUGGUCCCAAUCAGCCCGUUAUCCUCCAUCUGCUGGAUAUCGCGCCGAUGAUCGGUGUCCUCAAUGGUGUGGUGAUGGAGAUCAACGACUGCGCCUAUCCUUUGCUGCAGUCGAUCGUCGCCACCGUAGACGAGGCCGAGGCCUUCAAAGACAUUGAGUCCGCCUUUUUGGUCGGAUCUAUGCCUCGACGCGAGGGUAUGGAGCGCAAGGACCUGUUGGCCGCCAAUGUCAAGAUCUUCGCGAGUCAGGGCCGAGCACUGGCCGCCCACUCGAAGCCCAAUGUGAAGGUGUUAGUGGUGGGCAAUCCGGCCAAUACUAACGCGUUGAUCGCAUCCAAGUUCGCGGCGCCGAAGAUCCCGAUCGAGAACUUCACGGCAAUGACUCGUUUGGACCAAAAC